GUUACUUAAAAGGUAUCGCGAGAAUACCCACUGGCGGCUGUGUGGCCGCUCUCUCGAGACGGACUGAGUUGUUUUUGACGUUUGAAUGAAAAACAGUGAAAAUUACCUCCGCAUUGGACCCACGUUAUAAUGGCUUCAGCCUUGGAGCAGUUUGUGAACAAUGUGCGGCAGCUUUCCGCUCAAGGCCAGAUGACUCAGCUGUGCGAGUUGAUCAACAAGAGCGGGGAGCUGCUGGCCAAGAACCUGUCGCACCUGGACACGGUGUUGGGGGCCUUGGACAUUCAGGAGCACUCCCUCGGUGUGCUGGCUGUUCUAUUUGUAAAGUUCUCCAUGCCAAACAUCCCUGAUUUUGAGACACUCUUUUCUCAAGUCCAGCUCUUCAUCAGUACUUGCAAUGGCGAGCACAUUAGAUAUGCAACAGACACUUUUGCUGGUCUAUGCCACCAGUUGACAAAUGCCCUUGUGGAGCGGAAACAGCCAUUGAGGGGUGUCGUCAUCCUAAAACAGGCAAUAGACAAAAUGCAGAUGAACACCAACCAACUUACCUCAGUUCAUGCAGACCUGUGUCAGCUGUGCUUGUUAGCGAAGUGCUUCAAGCCAGCCCUGCCCUUCCUGGAGCUUGACAUGAUGGACAUCUGCAAGGAGAACGGAGCUUAUGACGCAAAGCACUUUUUAUGUUACUACUACUAUGGUGGCAUGAUCUACAUGGGCCUCAAAAAUUUCGAUAGAGCACUGUAUUUUUAUGAACAGGCAAUAACCACUCCGGCCAUGGCAGUGAGCCACAUCAUGUUGGAAGCCUACAAGAAAUACAUCCUGGUCUCACUCAUCCUCCACGGCAAAGUGCAGCAGCUGCCCAAAUACACCUCACAAAUCGUAGGGAGGUUUAUCAAGCCCUUGAGCAACGCCUACCAUGAGCUGGCUCAGAUUUACACCACCAACAACCCGACCGAAUUGCGCAGCGUUGUCAACAAACACAGUGAGACGUUCACGCGAGACAACAACACGGGCCUGGUCAAGCAGUGCCUCUCCUCCCUCUACAAAAAGAACAUCCAGAGGCUAACAAAGACUUUCCUGACACUGUCUUUGCAAGACAUGGCAAGUCGGGUGCAGCUUUCAGGUCCUCAGGAGGCAGAGAAAUACGUCUUACACAUGAUUGAAGAUGGGGAGAUCUACGCAAGCAUUAACCAAAAGGACGGCAUGGUGUGUUUCCAUGACAACCCAGAAAAAUACAACAAUCCGGCGAUGCUACACAAAAUUGACCAAGAGAUGCUGAAAUGUAUAGAACUGGAUGAGAAACUAAAAUCUAUGGAUCAAGAAAUCACAGUAAAUCCGCAGUUUGUGCAGAAGAGUAUGGGAACGCAGGAGGAUGAUGUUGGCAGCAAAACGUCAAGUUACUCCUGAGGGGCCUCAGACUGCCAGAAAAUAUUGCAGCGCAAAAUACAUUCUUCCAUGGAUGCAUUGGACUUUUUUUUUUUUUUUAAAGAGGAAAAAAAAAUAUUCUAUUGCAUAGAGACAUUGGUUAAGGAAAAUCUAAUUGUGUGGAAUGAUGGUGAAUUUGGUUAUUCUUUCUUCACGGUUUCUGAAGGAUAAAAACAAUCUUUACAGGAAUUGAAAAAGAUUACGAUUUUGUCAGUGUUUUAUUUAUCAAUGUUCAGGUUGGAGUGACAGUGCGACAUUAUCACAGAACACAAGAAUAAAAACUGGAUUUGUUUGUUCCAAGCAUAAUUGUGAAUAAUCUCACCAUUCUGCUGCAUGAUGGCUGUAACUAGAAGGUAUUCCAUAUGAGGUAAUACAUGGCUGGCAAGGAAUAAAUCUGACUAUAAUCUACAUUUGUAACGACUGCAAUGAUAGUUUCCCCUCUUGCUUUUGUGUAGAAUGUAGUCAAUCUUUGAGUACACUGUGUGCAAAGAGGCACAAUCUGGCGCACUGUUUUAUUUUUAUUUUUUUAAGAAGUUUGAUCCACUAGAGGUCUCUAGAGCACUGUACAUAAAAUCGUUUUGACAGGUUGUCAUAUAAGAGGCCCAGGUCAACGGAUAUAACCAAACCGUCAUGCCAUUUGGGAGCUUUGCAGUUGUGGAUCUGUAAUAAAUUGUUCAAUAAUUG